GACGAUGCCCCGAGUAAAGAAGCUCGUGUUAAGAAGACGGAUAUGCGGGAAAUUGAGAGCUUUUACAAGCAAUAUUUUGAGAAAUAUAUCAAGGCGCUCGAUCAGGGAGAAAAGGCCGAUAGGGCUCAACUUGGAAAAGCUUACCAGGUGGCCGGAGUGCUUUUCGAAGUCCUCUGUUUCGUACAAUCUGAAAAGGCUGAAAAAGUUUCUGCUGAUAUUAUUGCCUCAGCUAGGGAUGUUGAGGCAAAGCGGGUAAUAUACACUCCCUACAACAUUUUGCCUCUUGAUUCUGCUGGGGAAUCACAGUGCAUCAUGCAGUUUGAAGAGAUUAAAGCAGCAGUGGCUGCUCUCAGGAACACACGUGGUUUAGAUUGGCCAGCCUCUGUUGAUCAGAAAGAGCAGAAAUCAGGAGCACUAGAUCUUCUAGAUUGGCUAAGGGCAAUGUUUGGGUUUCAGAAAGAUAAUGUUAGGAACCAGAGGGAACAUUUGAUCUUGCAACUUGCCCAUCCUCAAGCCAGGCUGACGCCUAAGCCAGAUCCAAGUAACAAGCUGGAUGAUCGAGCAAUUGAUGUUGUUAUGAACCAGCUAUUUAAGAAUUAUAAGACCUGGUGUAAGUUCUUGGGUAGAAAGCAUAGCUUAAGGCUCCCUCAAGGACAUGAAGAAGAGAAACAGAGGAAGCUACUCUAUACAGGCCUCUAUCUUCUUAUCUGGGGCGAGGCUGCCAAUAUACGCUUUUUACCAGAGUGCCUGUGCUACAUCUUUCACAAUAUGGCAUAUGAACUCCAUGGCUUGUUGGCUGGAAAUGUCAGCAUUGUCACUGGGGAAAAUAUUAAGCCAUCUUAUGGUGGGGAUGAUGAAGCCUUCCUUCGCAAAGUUGUAACUCCAAUAUAUCGAGUCAUUGAAAAGGAAACCAAGAGAAGCAAAAAUGGAAAGGCCCCAUAUUCUGCUUGGUGCAAUUAUGACGAUCUUAAUGAAUAUUUCUGGUCAGCUGAUUGCUUUUCUUUGGGUUGGCCUAUGCGUGAUGAUGGCAAGUUUUUCAAAGCAACAUGGGACAGAGAAAAGGGAAAACCACCAUCUCAUAUGGCUGGAAGCCUUGGAAAAUCAUAUUUUGUUGAGACACGGUCAUUUUGGCAUACUUUUAGAAGUUUUGAUCGUUUGUGGACAUUCUUUAUACUAGCUCUUCAGAUUAUGGUUAUCAUUGCAUGGAAUGAUGUUUCAUUGUCCAAAGUUUUUGAGAAGGGGGUGCUAUACAAACUAUCCAGUAUCUUCCUUACAGCAGCGGUUCUGCGUUUCUUCCAAAGUAUAUUGGAUCUUGUCCUGAACUUCCCUGGAUAUCAUAGAUGGAAGUUCACAGAUGUAUUGAGGAGCGCUUUAAAGAUUAUUGUUAGCCUUGCAUGGUCCAUAGCUCUUCCAGUAUGUUAUGUACACCAAACUGACAACAUCUCAAUGCCCUUUGGGCAAGUUGAAGAUAUUCUUUCUUCCCUUAACCGAUUUCGGAGCAUUCCAUCCCUGUACCUUAUGGCCGUGGCGUUCUAUUUGCUUCCGAAUAUACUUGCAGCAGUACUUUUCAUUUUCCCUAUGCUUCGGCGUUGGAUUGAAAACUCUGACUGGCUUAUUGCAAGAUUUCUUCUAUGGUGGUCACAGCCCAGAAUUUAUGUCGGGAGAGGAAUGCAUGAAAGUCAAUUUGCUCUUUUAAAGUACACUUUCUUUUGGGUGGUUCUUCUAAGUGCAAAGUUUGCUUUCAGCUUCUUUUUUCAGAUAAAACCCUUGAUCAAGCCGACUAAAGAUAUUAUGAAAAUCAAACGCAUACGAUAUGCUUGGCAUGAAUUCUUCCCUGAUGCUAAAAACAACUAUGGAGCGGUUGCUGCACUGUGGCUACCUGUUAUUUUGGUCUAUUUUAUGGACACUCAGAUAUGGUAUGCUAUAUUUUCAACUUUGUGUGGUGGUAUUAUCGGGGCCUUUGAUCAUUUAGGAGAGAUACGAACAUUGGAUAUGCUAAGGUCCCGCUUCCAGUCUAUACCUGGUGCAUUCAACGCGUAUUUGUUACCAUCUGAGAGGACCAAGAAAGAGGGAUUUUCUCUCUCUAAACGAUUUGCAGAGGUUACACCAAACAGGAGAACUGAAGCAGCAAAAUUUGCUCAGCUGUGGAAUGAAGUUGUAUGUAGCUUCCGUGAAGAAGAUUUUAUAAGUGACAGGAAAGGCCGCUCAACCAUCAUUUAUGAAUUUUACCAUCUUUUAGUUUUAUUUGAGAAGAUAGUUCAAACUUAGAUAUGAGUUUACCUAUUGAGGGAGAUGGACCUGCUGUUAGUCCCGUAUUCUUCAGACCCCAACCUCAACCUAAUUCAGUGGCCACCGUUUUUGCUUGCUAGCAAGGUUUGUUUAAUUAUUCAAAUAUUCUUAUCUAUGUAUAUUGUUCUCAUAUCCUCACUGUUCUUUCAGGUACCAAUUGCAGUUGACAUGGCAGUGCAAUUUCGAUCUAAGGAUACUGAUCUCUGGAAACGUAUAUGCUCUGAUGAAUAUAUGAAGUGUGCUGUCAUUGAAUGCUACGAGUCCUUCAAGCUUGUCCUAAAUGCUUUGGUUGUUGGACAUACUGAGAAAAGGAUAAUUGGUAUCAUAAUUAAAGAAGUUGAAAGCAACAUUUCCAGGAAUACUUUUCUAACGAAUUUCAGAAUGGGCUCUCUAUCUACUCUUCGCAACCAAUUUGUGAAGUUGGUGGAAAUUCUGAGAGAGGGUGACGAAUCUAAGCACAACACUGUGGUUUUGUUGCUUCAGGACAUGUUAGAAGUAGUUACUCGUGAUAUGAUGGUCAACGAAAUCCGUGAAUUGGCAGAACUUGGACAUGGUAGCAAAGAUUCUGGAGCACAGCUAUUCGAGAAAGCUGUCAAUUCUAGACCUGCUAUAGAGUUUCCUCAUUUCACUUCCCAGUGGGAAGAACAGAUGAAGCGGCUCCACCUUCUUCUCACUAUAAAUGAAGCUGCCAUGGAUGUCCCAAAAAACUUGGAAGCACGGCGUAGAUUAACAUUUUUCACAAAUUCCCUUUUCAUGGGAAUGCCCCCAGCACCGCGAGUGCGUAAAAUGCUGUCUUUCAGUGUCAUGACCCCCUACUAUAGUGAAGAAACCGUUUAUUCCAAGAGUGACCUUGACAUGGAAAAUGAAGAUGGCAUAUCAAUCAAAUAUUACCUGCGAAAAAUCUUUCCAGAUGAAUGGGAAAAUUUCAUGGAGCGCAUAAAUUGCAAAGAAGAUUCAGAUAUAUAUGAAAAUGAGGAAAACAUACUACAGCUCCGUCAUUGGGUCUCCUUAAGAGGACAGACACUCUGUAGAACAGUUAGAGGGAUGAUGUACUAUAGAAGGGCAUUGAAGCUUCAGGCAUUUCUUGAUAUGGCUAAUGAAAGACAAAUAUUGGAGGGCUAUAAAGCUGUCACUAUUCCAUCAGAGGAGGAUAAGAAAAGCCAGAAAUCCUUGCAUGCUCAACUAGAGGCUGUGGCUGAUAUGAAGUUCACUUAUGUAGCGACAUGUCAAAACUAUGGAAAUCAGAAACGUAGUGGUGAUCGACGUGCAACAGACAUAUUAAAUUUAAUGGUUAACAAUCCAGCUCUUCGUGUAGCAUACAUUGAUGAAGUUGAAGAAAGAGUAGGAGCCAAAUCACAGAAGGUCUACUAUUCUGUCUUGAUUAAAGCUGUGGAUAAUCUUGAUCAGGAAAUAUACAGGAUAAAGUUGCCUGGUUCACCAAAAAUAGGAGAAGGGAAGCCUGAGAAUCAAAAUCAUGCCAUAAUAUUUACAAGAGGAGAAGCUCUUCAAACAAUUGAUAUGAACCAAGACAACUACUUGGAAGAAGCUUUCAAAAUGCGUAACUUGCUUGAAGAAUUUAAUGAGGAUCAUGGAGUGCGGCCCCCAACAAUUUUGGGUGUACGCGAACAUAUCUUUACAGGAAGUGUUUCUUCUUUGGCCUGGUUCAUGUCAAAUCAAGAAACAAGCUUCGUCACGAUUGGACAAAGAGUUCUUGCCAGGCCACUGAAGGUUCGCUUCCAUUAUGGACAUCCAGAUGUCUUCAAUAGGAUUUUCCACAUUACACGAGGUGGCAUCAGCAAAGCGUCAAAAGGCAUUAACCUAAGCGAGGACAUCUUUGCAGGGUUCAAUUCUACGCUAAGACGUGGAAAUAUAAUUCACCUCGAGUAUAUCCAAGUAGGAAAGGGAAGGGAUGUUGGCCUCAACCAAAUCUCACUUUUUGAAGCUAAAGUGGCAUGUGGCAAUGGGGAGCAGACUCUAAGUCGGGAUAUCUACAGAUUAGGCCAUCGCUUUGAUUUUUUCCGGAUGUUAUCUUGUUACUAUACGACUACAGGCUUCUAUGUCAGCUCUAUGCUGGUGGUCCUUACGGUGUAUGCAUACUUGUAUGGAAGACUUUACCUCUCUUUGAGUGGAUUAGAGAAAGCAAUUAUGAAAUCAGCAAGAAUUAGGGGAGAUACUGCUCUGAAAGCAGUCAUGGCUUCUCAGUCUGUAGUUCAACUGGGUCUUUUAAUGGCUUUGCCUAUGGUCAUGGAGAUUGGACUAGAACGAGGUUUCAGAACAGCAAUGGGUGACUUGAUCAUCAUGCAGCUCCAAUUAGCAGCUGUCUUCUUUACAUUCUCCCUUGGGACUAAACUACACUAUUUUGGUCGCACAAUUCUACAUGGUGGGGCCAAGUACAGAGCUACAGGGCGUGGUUUUGUUGUGAGACAUGAGAAGUUUGCCGAGAAUUACAGAAUGUACUCAAGAAGCCAUUUUACUAAAGCCAUGGAGUUGUUCAUUCUGCUUCUGGUUUAUCAAGCAUAUGGAUUGUCAGCUACAAGCAGUACAGCAUACUUUUUUCUAACUGCUUCGAUGUGGUUUUUAGUGGUUUCUUGGUUUUUUGCUCCAUUCUUAUUCAACCCGUCAGGGUUCGAAUGGCAAAAGAUAGUGGAAGACUGGGAAGAUUGGUCAACAUGGAUCAGCAACCGUGGUGGCAUUGGUGUUCCUGCUAACAAGAGCUGGGAGUCAUGGUGGGAGGAAGAGCAGGAACAUUUACAGUACACUGGUCUUCUUGGACGUGUGAUGGAAGUUUUCCUCUCUCUUAGGUUUUUUGUGUACCAGUACGGAAUUGUCUAUCAACUUAGAGUGAGCCAAAGUGAAAAAAGCAUCAUGGUCUACGGUCUAUCUUGGAUUGUGAUUCUUGCUGUAAUAAUCAUCUUGAAGAUUGUAACCAUGGGCCGGAAGAAGUUCAGUGCUGAUUUCCAGCUAAUGUUCCGACUUCUUAAAUUGUUCCUCUUUGUUGGAUUCAUUGGCACGCUUGUGAUUCUUUUUCAGUUCCUUGGGCUUACUGUUGGAGAUAUUUUUGCAAGCUUAAUUGCGUUCAUGCCAACUGGAUGGGCAAUCUUGCAGAUAGCACAAGCAUGCAGGCCAGCAGUGAAGGCAUUGGGAAUGUGGGGGUCGGUGAAGGCACUGGGGAGAGGAUACGAGUAUAUGAUGGGGGUGAUGAUCUUCACUCCAGUGGCCAUACUUGCAUGGUUCCCAAUGGUAUAUGAUUUCCAAACCAGGCUUCUUUUCAACCAAGCUUUUAGUAGAGGGCUACAGAUCCAACGUAUUCUAGCAGGUGGUAAGAAAAACAAGUAGUCAUUAGUAAUAUACUUAGCAAGUAAAUGAGGGUAGAUAGUUCAUAUAGCAAGUAAAAGAGGGUAGAUAGUUCAUAUGUUGUAUAAACAGCAUGCGCACAUUAAAUAGUUCAUAUGCUGUAUAAGUGUCUUGAUAGGAAUCAAGGAUA